CCAGCGUUUGGCUCGAGUCUGGUGCAGGAGCCGCCGCGCCGGUCGCCCUCGAGAGACCAUGCUGCGCCUCCUUCCGCCGCGCGCUCGGGCAGCCGUGCGCACCGGGUGGCGCGGCUUCAGCGCCCUGCCCCUCCGCACACAGCUCUUCAUCAACAACGAGUGGGUCGACGCCAAGUCCGGCAAGACCUUCGACACCAUCAACCCGGUGGACGAGACGAAGAUAGCGACGGUGCAGGAGGCCGGGAAGGAGGAUGUGGACAUCGCCGUCGCGGCAGCCCAGGCGGCGUUCAAGACGUGGAGGAACAUAGACGCAUCCAAGCGUCGCGACAUGAUGCUGAGGCUGGCUGACCUGAUCGAGAAGCACCGGACGAGACUGGCUGAGGUGGAAUCCCUCGACAAUGGCAAGCCUGUCCACGUGGCCCACGACGUUGACCUUACUUUCGUCAUCGAAUGCUUUCGGUACUAUGCUGGCUGGGCCGAUAAGGUCGGCCAGAGUGGCAAGGUCAUCACUCCGACCAUGGGCACCAGCGGCACCUUCGCAUACACGUGGCACCAGCCGAUCGGCGUGUGCGGCCAGAUCAUUCCCUGGAACUUCCCGCUGGUGAUGCAGGCCUGGAAGCUCGGCCCCCUGCUGGCCAUGGGCUGCACCACGGUGAUGAAGCUCAGCGAGAAGACCCCGCUGUCGGGCCUGCUCAUCUGCGACCUGAUCAAGGAGGCCGGGUUCCCACCUGGCGUCGUCAACGUUGUGAACGGCCACGGCCCCACGACCGGCGACGCCAUCGCGAGGCACCCCGACAUCCGCAAGGUGGCAUUCACGGGCAGCUCCGCUGUGGGGCACAAGAUCGUCGAGGCGGCGGGUCAGACCAACCUGAAGAAGGUGACGCUGGAGCUGGGCGGGAAGAGCCCGAUGAUCAUCUGCAAGGACGCAGAUCUGGACCAGGCCGCGGCGGCCUGCCACAUCGGCCUGUUCGUCAACAUGGGCCAGUGCUGCUGCGCCUCCAGCAGGAUCUACAUUCACGAGGACAUCCACGACGAGUUCGUCGCCAAGCUCGUGAGGCUGGCCAGCCGGUUGCGGACGCAGGGCGACGUGACGUCGGACACCGACAUUCCCAUUUGCGACUUGGGCCCCCAGGUGGACAAGAUCCAGUUCGAGAGGGUGCUGGAUUACAUCGAGGCCGGCAAGAAGGAGGGCGCCAACGUGGCCUUGGGCGGCGGCCGCCUCGGCACGAAGGGGUACUACGUGCAGCCCACCGUCUUCACCGAGGUGAAGGACGACAUGAAGAUCGCCAAGGAAGAGAUCUUCGGGCCGGUGAUGCAGCUCUUAAAGUUCAAGACUCUCGAGGAGGCCAUUCAGAGGUCCAACGCCACCCACUUCGGCCUCGCCGCGGGGAUCUGCACCCGCGACAUCGGCACGGCGCUGGCGGCGGCCAAGGACCUCGAGGCCGGCACGGUAUGGAUCAAUUGCUACGACAAUUUCGAUAUGGCGGUCCCCUUCGGCGGGUACAAGACCAGCGGGUGGGGCCGGGAGAAGGGCGAGUACGCGCUCGAGAACUACACGGAGGUGAAGUGCGUCAUGAUGCCGAUGGACUCGAAGAACUGAGGCGGCCUGGCGUCAUGAUGCCGAUGGACUCGGAAGAACUCGGUUUUUAGCAUCCGCGUGCCCGGCACGAUCCCCGGCGGCCUGGCGUCAUGCUGCCGACGGACUCGAAGGGCUGAAUUUUUAACACCUGCUCGGCGAACUAAGUUUUUAAGAUCUGCGCGCUUGGCACGUCCUCUGGCGGGCUGCGUCGUCGGCGUCUGGACACAUGCCUCGGUCGAGGCUUGGAGCGUGCAGGAGCUGCCCAUUUUUGGUGGCGCGCCUGGCUUAAUAGCCGCCCUGCUCGGCCGGUGCGCGCCUUGCGUGGGUCGCGGUGCUCUUGCCUGGGCCUAUAGCUUCAAGUAGUCUCGAGGCCACUUGCGAACCCUAUCCUUACGGGUCCAGCCGACGCUGGGGUAUCGGACACCCCCGCAUGUGUUGAUCGAGUAGAUGGAUGAGCUUUCAAUUGGACGACGCAAGAAGAAGUGGUCG